AUGGACACCAGUAUUAGCCCAUCCUCUCCGACCUUCUCUAGUCGGCAGACGCUAGCCAGUCUCGCGGAAGAAGAGCAUCCCAGAUACCACUUUUAUGAUGGCUCUCUCGCAUUUCAGCUUGAUGGACUGAAAUACUGUAUACACGGCUCUCUACUAGCACGCCACUGCGCAUUCACGUCCACUUGGGCGGACGACUUGCGUGACCCAGUUGCUGCAGGCAUCAAGAGCUCGGACCUGGAAGCCUUCCUAUCCAUGCUCUAUCUUGCAUCCUAUGAAACUCUCAGUCUAAGGCUUUCAGCUGACGAGUGGAUAUCCAUCCUCCACCUUGCCACCAGAUGGAAGGCCGAUGGCAUGCGUGGACUCGCCAUCAGCAUGCUUACCGUCCAAGCGCCCGCCUUAGAUAAGCUGGUUUUGUGCCGGACGUACGACAUACCGUCUUGGCUUGCGCCAGCGUGUGCUGCUCUUGCUCUUCGCCCUACUGCCCUUACCAUCCCGGAAGCCGAAAAUCUUGAGAAAUCUGAUAUUGUGCGCGUUUUCCUCGCACGCGAAGCUGUAUCGAAGGGCGAGAUAGACGCUACAGAGGCGGCCGUGUCGUCUUGGCUCGCUGCAUUCUCAUCGGCUUCCGCCCAGACGCCGCUGUCAGCGCCGCCUCUCACAACCGUUGUACAGCCCAUAUCUCAGCCCUUCAAACACUCUGAAGCGUCAGAGGGUCACAUUGGGAAGCCCGAAACAACCGAACGGAUCAGUCCCGAAUCGUCGCAGCCUCAUGUUCCGCCGGCUACAGCGCCUCCGGUGUCCAUUCGAAUUGAGGCGCGCGAAGCCCUGCUUUCCGGUACAGCUAAAACGACGGGUGUUGACGAUGACCAUACUAUCAAAGCAUCGUCUCUAGCGGUAGUGGCGACCUCUACGAGCCCUGGGCCGGUGCAAGCUCCCCCUUCCGAGUACAAGUUGGUGAACGAAUUCGUCAACGCCAUCCGCGCCAAGCGCUACGAUCAUGCCUUCGCGCUGUCAUGGAACAAGAACCAUGCCGAACCUGUUGCUCGUCGAGUUUCUGACUGUUUCAUUGAUAAUAAUGGCAGAGUCGCCGAUAAGGAGUUACUGAGUCUCACACGAGCGGCCAUACGCCGUUCAGUCAAGCAACCGGGAUACAUACCCAUCAUCUCUCAGCUAUUAGCAUCGCUCUCUAUCCAUCUUCCUCAGGAUGUUCAGUUUGAAACACUCCUUCACGAUGAUAUGCAAUCUCUUUCCUCUAGAUGGACCGCGUUCCGUGCGGGUGCUACACCCGCCGUUGACCAUGGAGGACUCAUGGAUGACCUAGCGACUCAAUCGCGGGAUACCUACCAGCAACAGAUGGGCAACGUAAAGGGUCUCUUCAGGUCCCUGGUCCGCCUGGGUGUAUUGCCGGAGAGUGAUCAGUGGGUCGGCUUGCUUGUCAAGUAA